CCAUACAAACAUACGAACAGUACAAACUAGAGCGACAAAACAUACAAACAGAUUUACAAACAUUACAAACGUAUGAACUGUACAAACAAUAUAAACUAGACCGACAAACAAUACAAACCAUACAAAAAGAAAAAACAACCGGGUUGACUUUGGAGGCUCCAUGCCUAUAUAGAGGGGCUCCUGCACAAAGUCAACCCGGGUGUUUUUUAGACAUACAAACAUGGUGGACAAAAAUGACAAAUUAGACCAAAAAUUCAUACAAACUGGAAAAACACCCGGGUUGACUUUGGAGGCUUCAUCCCCAGGGUUCAAGAAGGCGCGCCUAGGCGCACGCCUAGGCUCAAUUAGGCGCUAGGCGGUGGAGGAUCGCCUUUACUUGGCCACAGGCAUUGUAAAACGCGCUGAUAGCGCUUAGUAGUUAGGAAUAGCGCUUAGUUUGCGCCUAGUGGAGAGAAGGCGUGCAUGGGCGUUCCUGGGCGAGCUUAGGCGGUUAAACCCGAUACUUUUCGUUUUGUCCUAGAAAAUCAGAAAAUUGCAUCUUGCCCUAGAAAAUCAGAAACACGGGAAGGGGAUGACCAUGCUAUGUAUGUAUUCGGAUAUGAGGAUGAGGAAUCAUAUUGUGCACCCUCGAGUACUGUUACAGAUGCAAUGGCGGGUGAACAGAGUGAGCUUCGCAAGAGUGCACGAGUGAGAGAGUUCCAUGAUGAAGAAUUAGUGUAUGAAGAGGAGGAAGUGGAGGAGGAUGGUGAGGAGAUUGCUUUUGAGGAUGAUGAAGAUGAAGUGGUGGCUGGACGGACCUACUUGGAUGAUGAAGAAUGAACAUUUUCCUAUGAACUUAUUGACUAUUUGCUUGUUAUUUGUUAUGUUAAGUGUUUACUGUUAAGAACUAGGCAUUGCUAAUUUUAUAUGCACUUGGAUUAUAUGAAUUAUUCCAGAAAACAUGAAAUAUUUGAGAAAAUUUUCCAUUUAUGCUCUGAACGCCUAGGCGCGCCUAGGCUACGCCUAAUCAGGUAAGGCGCAAGUCAGGAGCCGAGCGCCUGGCUUACGCCUAGCGCCUUUUAGAACCUUGUUCAUCCCUAUAUAGAGGGCUCCGUCUCAAAGUCAACCCGAUUGUUUUUUAGACAAACAAACAUUACGAACAUGGUGGACAAAAAUGACAAACUAGACCGACAAUUCAUACAAACUGGAAAAAACACCCGGGUUGACUUUGGAGGCUUCAUCCCUAUAUAGAGGAGGUCCAUCAAAAAGUCAACCAGGUUGUUUUUUAGACAUAAAAAACAUUACAAACAUGGUUGACAAAAAUGAUUAACAUGGUGCAUAAAAAUAACAAAGUUUACAAAUAUUA